AUCAGAGUCAUGGGAGAAAAAAGCACGAUUGACAGCCAUGACGUUCCAGGGUCAUACAGCGGUGGAGCAGGGGACACGCUUCAGCACAGUGAAGACACAGAUGUAUUUUCUGAACAGGAGCUCCUUGACAUCAUGUAUGACACAUGUGAUGCCAGCAACACAGGAGAAGUAUUGGCUUCCUGCAUCAUGCAGUACCUGCAAACUCUCACAGUUCAGAGCGCGGAGGGGGACAGAUUGUCUUCUCUGCGACACCUCCUGGAUCCACACCUUCAGGACCCACACGUGAGCAGGGAGACUUUCCAGUCCACUAUGAGGAUGUGGAUUGCCCAGUGCCGUCAAGACAGCUCGGAUGUCAUGUGUGUGCCUUGGCCAGACUACUCUGAAUGGUCUGCAAAUGCUCCCCCAGAGGGCCACCAUUGUUCCUGUGGAAGACAGGACCUGUCUGGUAUAGUGGCUGAUCUGAAGCGAGCUCGUCGCCAGCUGAGUGAGCACAACCGCAGCCUGUUGAGGAUGCUGGCUCAGUGCGAGGAUGAAAACCUGCAGCUCAGCCUGGAGAUCACAGAGCUGCAGGCCGAGCUGGUAAGUGCUCAGAGAUCAUCCGUCAAAGGCCGAUCUGCGACAGAGGAGCUGGAAGAGACCCGUCGGACACUAAAAGAGGUUCAGGAAACAGCCAGCCAUACCCAGAGAAGGUUCAGCCAGCUGACCGCCGAGACCGAACGCUUGAGAAUUCACAUUAGAGCGCUCGAAGACAAGAAUGAAAAACUUACCUUUGAAAGGGCCUACGCUGAAGAGAGUGUAGAUGAACUGAAGAGGGUUAACACCAAGUUAAGGGCACAGCAUGAAGAAACCCUGACUCUGAUGAUGCUGAAAGACAAAGAAAUCACAAAGAAAAACAUCCUGAUGGACAAGAUGAAGACCUUUCAUGUGGAAAAUCACAAUAUGAUGGAGGGUCUGCAGUCAGAGCUGAGGAGAUUACAGGAGCAUUCACAUCGGCAACUCCUCAGGUUCGACAGACAGCGUGCCACCCCUCAGAGUUUCCACAGUUUAGGUCCUCCCAACCAGCACUCUUUGCAGACUGAGACGCAGAACCUGCAGCCGGUUGGUAUCGCUACAGCACACAUCCUCUUCUUCAUGUGGUCCUAUCUGACACGUAUCUUUGUCUGCAGCAGCCUCACAGAGGUCGAGGUGACAACAGCGUUCCAGUGGUCCACUCACCCGGAGGAGAUAUCCUGUGCAUCCUUCGCAGGAUCAAGAGAGAUGAAACAUCUCAUCAGCUGCUGCACAGCGAAUGUCCACAGAAGGAGAGGCCUUUCCCUCGCCGCCGGCGGCAACAGGCAGCUCUGA